GGUGCUAUAGAUGUCCACCCAGGUCCUACCACCAGACAGGCUGGCUCAAAGCUCCACUCACACUGCAUCCAGGCCGGCACACAGUGCAGGUCAGAAGAUUCACAGACCUGGGGGAAAGGGCCAAGAAGACAGGAGCUUUGGAGUGUCUGAUCGUAGAGGAGCCAGAGAGUGUCUGAAGAUGACACCUGCCGGUUUGUUGCUUGCUGGGUUCCUGCUUGCUGUCACCUCUGCUGUGUUUCUGGAACAUGAGGAGGGGUCAGGGGGACAUGAUUUAAACACUGUCCCACUGACCCCUUACUCUCUCCCAGAGCUCAAUGAAACGGUCCUCUGCACCAAUGACCAGAUGGAGGUGGUCAUUCCAAGUGCCUUCUUCCUAAACAAAGUGCCACCCGUUUAUGUAUGGGAUUUGCACCUAAAUGACCCAGAGUGCCGUGGGGUUGAGAUUGAAGAUGACUACGUCUUCAGCAUCAAAACGAAUCUCUCAGACUGUGGGACAAUUGUGGCAUCGGAUGAUACGCAUAUUAUGUUCAUAAACACCAUACGCAACAACGACUCCGAUGUCAUCACGAGAAACUACAUAAACAUCACGUUCAUCUGCCGCUACCCAAUAAACUACAUGGUCCAGCAGCCCAACGGGGAAAACAUGAUCAGGGUGGACAUCAAGACAAUCACUCUGAACACCGAAGAUGGGAAUUUCUCUGUGUCCAUGUUACUCUAUAAAGACGAGGACUUUGAAGACAGGUGGACCACUGUGCCCUCGCUGACCCUUGACGACAACAUCUACGUCAAGGUUUUCAUGAUACCGGCUCAUCUUUUGCUGCGUGUUGACAGGUGCUGGGCCACCCCAACCAACGACCCAUACAGCAAUAUCCAAUACACCUUUAUCAAGGACAGCUGCCCUGUGUUGUCAAAUGAGCAGAUGUUGACAGUGCUGAAGAAUGGACAAGGGCCAGAGUCUAUGUUCAGGAUACAAAUGUUUAAGUUUGUGGGCAGCUCCUACAGGGAUGUGUUUCUCCACUGCAAUGUUCAGAUCUGUCACAACACAGUCGGUGUCUGUCAGCCUAACUGUUCUGGUGAGGAUAACUCUAAGCGGACAAGAAGAGAUAUUGCCUUGUCCCAUACAGUAUCUUAUGGACCAAUCCGACGACGUCUGCCUGCAAGUGACCAACCCAGUCUAAACUCUGGAAAUCUGCCCCCAGUGGAGACGUUUGUCCUUGGAGGCCUGCUAGUCAUCCUUCUGCUAAUCACAGGAGUGUUUGGGAGGCUGUGGCAGAGAAGCAAGCGCUCCUACCCAGCACAGGAGGCAGCACAACUCACUCUGUCCAAUAUACACAUCUUAGAGGUGGCCUCCUAAGUUAGACGAGCAGUCCAAGUCUUGAGAACUGAUGUCAAAUAAUGCCUGCCUAGCGCAUAUAAGUAUAAAGGCACACACACACACAACAUAUUCACACAAAUGUCUCCAUAAGUGAACAAGAAUUGAUUGAAUUUAAUGGGGUGUAUGUAAAAUAUCAGCAGUAUAAAUGCAGGAUUUUAAAGUUGUUGUAAAAAUAAACACGUUUUUGUAAGAAAAAAAUAUAUAAAAGAUGUUUUAAAAGCU